ACUGUUUACCGGGCGUAGAAAAUAGAAAUAAAGUAUUUGUAGUUUCGUUUUCGACUAUACCUUCUACGAACAUGAAUAUUUGCUACAUUUUAUUUUUACUAUUAAGUUUGUGCUAUGAAAGCUAUGCUAUUUGGUGUUACCAAUGUACUCCUGCUACACCGGGCUGUAACACACCGUUCAAUUGGCGCGGUAUGGGGUACCUGGGUAACCCAUGUCCUGAUGUUGAAGAUGUAUGUGUGAAGCUCAUAGAGAGGAAAGGAGCAAAAGAAGUAAUAACAAGAGAUUGUUUGAGCAAUUUUAAGGCUUUCCGUACAGACAUCCCUGCUGAUACUUAUGAAGGCUGCCGAGUUGCAGCUAAGGAUGUUAACUUGGCUAACUAUGUCAACAAUUCAAUCAAAGAACUGGAUAUUAAGAGAGAUUGGUAUGAUGAGACAACCUGGUGCUUCUGCUUUCUUGAUCACAGGUGCAACAGUGCUUCACAUGUUUCACACUCAAUAGUGCUUCUAUGCUUUUUGAAUAUAUUUGUUAUCAUUCAGAAAAUAGCCUUUUGAUAAUGGCAAGAUAAGAUUCAUGUUAUGAAUAAACUAAAGAUGUAAUUCCAUAAUUUGUUAUAGACAUAAAGUAAAACAUAGUAAUUAAUUUUAAUCUGUGACAAUUGCCUUAGAUUUAUGCUUAAACUCAUCAAGCCCCAUACAGUCACCGGUGACCGAGACACAAUAGAAAUUCUGU